AUGACAUUAUGGCGGCAGAGGCCCCGUGGAAGGCCCGUCUGCAGCGCGCGUUAUUCCGAGAAAGACGAAGAAACUGCCACUGAGACAGUGCGUCGCCCCGAGAAACUGCGGUGGUCUUCCGUAGGACCGCUCAGCCGCCCCAGUUCGCCCGCGGUUGAACGCAAGAAGAUUUUCCUCCGGGCGCCGGCUGCGUACAUGCCCCGCGCAGCAGUCAGUCUCCACACCGACCGCCUGCCCGUCCUCCGUGUGUUCCAAGCCCGGUGA